UUAAACAUUAUUGUUCUCAUAGUAUGCCCAUUAAAUAUAUUAACAUAUCUGGUUUAAACGCACAAAUAUAAUAUAUUUCGCAUUGUUUGUAUGCACAAAGUAAUUCAAUUCAAAGUAAUUACAUCAUUAAUCGUAAAUAAAUAUAAUUACAACUCCAUUUUCUAAUGUCAUUGAUUCAGUGUCACUUUGACCAGUUUGUUUACAACCAUGAUAGAAACAACAUGUUAACAAAUCAGUAAAAAUGUUAAAGUAUUUGUGUCUGCUAUUUGUGUGCGUGGAGUGUGUGUUUCACAUUAAAUCUGGUGUGACCUUCAAACCUUACCGGGAUGAUAAUGAGCAGCCUGCUGACUUUUUUGGAUACAGUGUUGUUUUGAAUAAAUCUGAAAUUUUUAUUGGUGCGCCCAAAGCGAAAAGUAUUCAUAAUCCUACUAAUUCAACUGGUCUAGUGUAUAAGUGUAAAUUGCAGCUUAAUGUGAAAAAUGUCACGUGUAAGUCUUUUGGACUGGCAAACGAGGAUCCAGACCUUAUUUUCCGAAGAUUCUCGGUCUACUCAGAUUUCUUUAAAAAUGAUAUGUGGUUGGGAUCGACGAUUGCUGUCGUACCUGGUGGAAAGUUUUUGAUGUGUGCACCUAGAUAUGCGACUCCUUACAAAAACACUCACUUGUUAAUGAACGGUGGGUGUUACGUACAAGGACAGAAAAGGGGCAAUACCCUUCUGCCUUUAAAAGAAAUGAAUAGACAAGCCUUCAUGACUGACGGGUCCAGAGAGGAGUUCGGAGAGUACGGCACUCACCUAAAUUUCUACGCGUAUGGUCAAGCAGGCAUGUCCAUCAAAGUGACCGAGAAUAAUACUGUCAUUAUUGGAGCACCCGGACUAUUGCAAUGGACAGGAGGAAUAAUAGAGUACAAAUUUUAUCCGGACACCGUGCCAACCAGUAGUUUAUUCUUCAGUAAACAGCCCGUGACAAAUCCAUACUACACAAAGGACCUUGGACCAGAUGAUUACCUAGGAUACAGUGUAGAAUCUGGUGUAUUCGAAGCGAAUGGGAAAACUUUGUACAUUGCUGGUGCACCGCGAUCUAAAUCUGGAUUUGGACAGGUACUGAUAUUCGAGCCGUCUUUCAAAGAGCUAGAUCCAAUAGAGAUCAAAGCGAAACUCGUUGGAGAUCAGCUGGGCUCGUACUUCGGAGCAACAUUAUGCUGUACCGAUAUCAACGGUGACGGGGUCACUGACCUUCUUGUCGGUGCACCAAACUACGUGCAUAAGAACGACACCAUCACAUAUGACCAGGGCGCUGUUUUCGUUUACCUGACUGAACAACGGGAUAGCUUUACAUUAAAAGCUGCCGGAUUUGUCCGUGGUUCGAGUGAAAGUGGGGCACAUUUCGGCCUUACAAUUGCUGACCUUGGAGAUGUAGACGGAGAUGGCUAUUCAGAUGUCGCCAUUGGCUCUCCGUGGGAAGGCAAUGGAUCCGGUGCUGUAUACAUUUAUAGAGGAAGUAAAACUGGCUUAAAUAGUAAAUAUUUACAGAGAAUUCAGGUUGCGGGCGCAAAAACCUUUGGGGGCUCGAUUUCUAAGGGUAUAGAUGUUGAUAAUAAUAAUUGUAACGAUUUAGGAGUAGGAGCAUAUAAAUCCAAUACAGCAUAUGUAUUCAGAUGUAUACCAACCGUGCACGUUGAAGUUAGCAUACAAGUGCCAGACGCGAUGAAUCUUCAGCCAAAUGCGACUAACUUCACGGCGCAGUUUUGCAUUAAAUCCACUGAAAAGAUCAUGUGGUCCCAUGUCAAAUUAGAUCUGAAAGCAACUGUAGAGGUGGACAGCGAAGGAAACCGCGCUAUGCUUGACGGUGAUCCUGUGUAUAGCGUCUCUAUUAAGCCUGGAAACGAAAUGUGUGAAGAACAAAUUGUCAAAGUGCACCCGACGGCCGAUCUAUCAAAUCCCAUUUCAAUGAAAUUCAAUUUGGCGCCUAGCGAAACCUUUCAAGACAGUAAAAGCUUUCCCUCACACGCUGCCCGGCUGUCAGACGAUUCGAUAUUAAACACUUCAUUUGAUAUCCAAUUAACUAGGGACUGUGGAGACGAUCUCAUUUGUAGGCCUUUGCUACAUAUGACUCUGGAAUCAUUGGAUAGUCCUUACAUACCGGGAACAAACCAUCGUUUAGGCUUAAAAAUUAACAUCAUGAACAAGGAGGAAGCCUCUUAUGGUGCAUUAAUACACUUAAUCGUUCCAUCAUCACCAAAACGGCUGCCAAGCGUUUGCUCUCUCGACAAUUAUUAUAAUGUUACGUGUAAAUUGCCCUCCCCCUUUUAUAGGGGGGAGUCGGUUGAAUGGGAAAUAGAAGUGGAAUACACCCAGACGGAAGAUAAUAAUAAGGAAAUACCAAUAGAAGUUGAGUUGCACGUACCCUUCUACCGAGGCACCGACAUGGAAAAAGUUGUGAAACAACUAACGAUAUUUGUAACUCCAAAAGCAAGUUUUUCCAUCAGCGGGAAGCCGCUCCCAAAUGCGACUAUCUCUGUAUCAAGGGAUAAGUUUAAUGACCGUGACAGAAUUCACUUCGUUCACAAUUUUGAGGUUAUAAAUUUGGGCCCAUCUGAUUGUUUCAAUUUGUCUGCGCAGCUUCUCUUACCAGAAAAGGUGAACAUAUCCAAUAAGAUAAAAGGUUGCUCUGAGGGACCCGUGAUCGAGUGUUCGUGGGCCAUACCCGCCAAAGUUUCUCUACCCAUCCUUGUACCCUUGUACAUUGACUUGGACAGAUUUGGUAUUUUUUUGGAAGAGAAUCCUAUUUACAAUAUAACGACAAGUCUUAUUCUUGUGGAUGAGAUAAAUAGAAUGUUAAAUAUAACAACAACUCUAUCAUUGGAGCCCGCACAGCCCAUAUGGCCUGUGAUAGUAGGCUGUAUAGCAGGGAUACUGCUACUAGCUGUUAUAGUAUUCGUGAUGUAUAAGUAUGGUUUCUUCUCCCGCCAACGUCGCGAAGACUUAAAACGACUUCAAGAGCAAUGUCAAUCAGAACCAAGCACUUCCAUGUGCGAUGUCAACUUCGCUGCAGAAGAAUCCAGCAUGGAGCUAUUGUCAGACUCUGAGUAGCAAAAUUAAGCCAUAGAUUAAUAACAAGUACAGUACCACCAAAGAUUCUUAACUCUAUUUAAAAUAGGAACUACGGUCGCCAUGUCUGAUAUUUUAACAAUUGUAAAUAGUCAUAUUAAUCCUUCACAAUUAUUCUGCCUUCUAGAAGUUGUAAACUAAUUUAAGCUCAAGAUACGUGAGAAGGAUUAUAUAAAGUAUUAUCCCAUAGCCACGAAUACAUUGCUUGCUAUAAUUGUAUUCAUAAAAUAUAGUAUUCAUCAAAAUAUUCAAGUUAUUACAAAGCUUUUCUAUCGUCUUUAUCUUAUAACUUUCCUAUUUUCUCAUUUUUUUGUGUAUUCUAUCGUCACUGUAAAGUUACUUGCCAAGCGAUGCUGAUGUAUACUUUAUAUCUAAGAAGCUCUAGAAGAAAGAAUUUUCUCGAUUUAAGAGUUUAUAAGACUGCAUGAUAAUUUUAAGUGAAAUCAUUUUAUGUCAUGAUUCUUUUGAAUAUUUGGUAAUAAGAUUAUAUUUGUAUGUUAUUUGUAGCACUUUUUUACACAUAGCUGUAUAAUUAUUUAAAUAAUUUUGGAAUAAAUCAAUUUUUGCGUCUGUUUUGUUGGUUAUCAUGCCAUAUCAGCUAUGUCAACCAUGUAUGAUCAGCCAUAUAUGCUUUUCAAUAACCAACAGAACCGUAAAUUAUAUCCAGGUUUACGGAUAUCUACUGUGCCAUGGCAGCACUUAUAAAUCUUGCACAGAUGUUAGAUAUGAGUGAUAGUUAAUCCCAUGUAGAAAUUGUGAGUUUAUUUUAAAUUUCUUUAAUAUUUUUCAUCUAGUCCAACUUUUAUAGCAUUUAUUAAAAAUAAAUUAAUUUGAGCGAAUAUUCAAAUUGUUGCGAAGCAAAAUAUUGUUAUAACGAAAGUAGUUUGUAUAGAGAUAUUACUAAGUUUAUUUUUAUACCCCAUGUAUUACUUAUAUUAUACAGUAGAAUAAUAAAAAAUGUUUUAUCUGAUUA